UUGUUGUAAAUACGGAAUAUGGCGACUUGACAGUGACAUUUAUGCGCAUUUAGUUUUUAGUGAAUGCUUUCCAAACAAAAAACUUCUUAUUUUAUCGGUAGCAUGCGAAGAAAACUUUUCUUCAACAGGAAGCAUUCGAAUAAAAGACAUAAAUUGUUAUCUAUAAUCCGCGCGCGCAAAAUAGAACGGUAACAGUAACUACCAAACGUGGAUUUUUAAAAUAUUUGCAUUGAAAUUAGUGCUUAUUGAAUUUUGAACAUUGCUCUGGGGGAAGUUGCUCAUCAUAACCCGAUAGUAUGAUGAUGUCCUCACUGGCAUCGCCAUGGGAACACCAGGCGAAAAGACAAAUAUUGGAAAGGUAGUGCAGAAGUCAGUUGAAUCAGAAAAUCCAGAUGAAAGUGAAGAAUUGCUUUCUGAAAUUUCAGAAAGUGUUGAAUCUUUUAGUACAUCACAAUUAGUUGAGGAGUCAACGACAACUACAACACCAGAAAUGACCGUCAUUGGAUCACUGCAAGAAUAUACUCCAUUUUCUGAAUUCACAAUUGGCCAAACAUUGCCUCAUUCCAGUACAAAACCAGAACCAACGUUAGAGCAAGCCUACAUUGAAGAUUACUACAGUCAAACGAAACUUUACCAGAGCCCAGUGAGUGUGUCUACUCCGUAUUUGCCAGUAAAGAAACCAUUCCCUAGUUUAGAAGAACCAGGACCUUCUGGCUUACAAACUCCAAAGAUAAAAGUUGAAACAAAUAUUGAAGAACUUAGCGCUGUAGUUAAAAAACCGCAAAUUUCGAAAAAAUUGUAUGUAUGUCAGUCAUGUCAAAAAACGUUUCAAAACGCUGCCAAGCUCGCCAAACACCAAUUAAGUCACGGUACCGGCUCCUCUACAUUCAAAUGUGAACAUUGCAAGAAAACGUUCACGUCAAAAUUCAAAUUAGUUCGUCAUGCUCUCAUCCACUCAGACCGAAAACCCUUUAGUUGUUCAGUAUGUGACAGGACAUUUCAUCGAAAAGACCACUUGAAGAACCAUAUAAAAGUUCACAGUCCCAGCAAGAAGCAUUACAUUUGUGAAAAAGCAGAUUGCAAAAAAGAAUACACCUCAUUGUUGAGUUUUAAGAAACACAUGGCAGUCCACGCCGCUGAAGAAGGUAGUCUAGUGUGUCAGGUUUGUUUUCAAUCGUUUGAGACCAAGGAUGAGAUUUUGUACCAUUUAAAAGUGCACGCCGGUAGUCGGACAGUAAAAAAUCCCAACGAAAAAAAAUUCACGUGCGAUUAUUGUGACCGAAAGUUCUUCACGCGAAAAGAUGUGCGACGCCACCUGGUUGUACAUACAGGCAUGCGUGAUUUCCUUUGCCAGUUUUGCCCACAACGAUUUGGGCGAAAAGACCAUCUAGUACGACAUAUCAAAAAAUCUCAUUCGCAAGAACUAGAACAACAGGCUAUUCCUAGCACAUCCUCUGUUAAAAUGGAAGUUACAGAAGCAGUACUUGUUAAAUCAAAAACUCCGAAAACCCAUAUAGAGGAAAACUUCGACCCUUCAACUGUAGAACUGCCUGAUAUUGAAGUGACUUCUCUGCUGUUUUCACAAGAAGAUUUGUCUGGCCUGAACAUUGGUCCAGAACCGUUGGAAUUCUUGCCGGGACCAUCCACGCAACGGGUCCUCAAAGAUCUGGAAAGUGAAAGUUUGGAAGAAAUCGAAGAAAACCCGCCGGUUCCUCCGAGUUUAACUGAAACUAUCGAACAAUCGUUACCAGUACCGUUAUUGGAAGAGCCGGUGUUUAGUGACCAAGAAAUUUUGCAAUUGUUGCAGGCAACCGACGAUAAAAACCUGCCUUUGCCCGGCUUCAGUCAGACGUUUCAAACACCCCCUCCCCAGCCGCCUCCUAAACCGCCACCGAGACACUGAUAGCGUAAGAGCCCUUUCAAAGGUUGCACUGAACUCUUCUUAGUCAAUAUUCGUAGGCUGUGCGCAUAGAAAGAAGUAGACGUUUUAUUGGCUAUUUUUUCGUCACAUACAACAUUAUAAUAAUAAUGUUCAUAAAAUGACUGAAACUGACAAAUCGGUAAGGAUUUUCCCUGCCUUUUCCUUAGACAAGCAAUAGUAAACUAUCCAAAUAUAUAUCAAUAAUGUAAAAGAUUUCUCGAAUUCUUCUUGUGGUCGUUUUGGAGCCCAACCUAUGGUCUUUUACUUUGCUCUAGGAAAAGGUAUGGCCGUUAUGGAGUGACUGAGUUAUUCAGACGAAUAAUCUUACAAAUAUUAAGUCAGCUAAAAGUUCUGUUUUUUUGAAUAAACUUUCAAUAUAAUAAAUCGUACCACCGUAUUAUCCCUGUAAGUAUAACAGUUUCAAUCUUUCGACUGUAUGCCAUACUUAUACAUAUGGACAUCAAAAUAAAAAGAAACAUUGAAAAAAGCUUUUAAAAACAAAUCGUGAAAAUUAGCCAUUUGUCAUACCGGCGGUUUUCAGUGCAAUCGGUAAUCUAAAUUAAUGCGUUAAAAAGAAAAUUAAAUGCCGUUUUCAUAAAAUUGACCUAGUUUUCUCUCAUGGUGGCGGUUAUUAUUCACUAAAAAAAAGUCCUGUCCUGCUUCUGCAUUUAAGCAAAAUUUAUUACAAAAAAAUGCGAGCUUUUAUUAUUUGUGCUUUCACAUUUUGUCAUUUCGAAUUGUUUUUAUAAUUUUUAGUACCAAUUUAUUCAAGCUAAAGACGUUAUUAACUAAACUAAAAGUCGAAACCUUUAUUUUAACUGCUGUUAGUGUUGUUAUUUUAAUUUAUUAUUGUUUAUAAGUACUCGUUUUCAUUUCAUGUUUUGUCAGAAAAAAAUAAUAUUUAUUUAGUGUUUAAAAAAUUAUAACACCAACCUAAUCUACAGGUACCGUGUUAUCGUUGCGAUUUAAUCAUUAAUUAAUUCGGUAUAAUAAAAAAAAGGAGAAGAUGAAUUCUGACAUGUAAAGAAAUGUAACAAGAUGAAACAGCAAAGAACUGCUAAAAAUAUGCAGAAAUUUUAGAAUAAAUGCAACUUUUUCUUGUGUACAUUUCGUUUUAGAUUCAGUAUGCCCUUGGUGCUAAUGAUAAAAUUAUUAUUUUGAAUCCAUGUAAAUAUAAAUUAUAUAACUUAUUACCUAUCGAUAAAAGUAUAUUUUUAUACGCCCUGUUGAAACUAAAAGAAAAGUUUUAUUUGGCUGUUAUAUUAUGUAGGUAGUAAAAUACUAAAUACCCAAAUACCCUAUUUUCAUUUAUUGACCAAAUUAAUAUUAAUGAAAAACUGUAUUUCAUUUAUUAUUAUUAUUAUUUUAUUAUCAUAAGUGAUUUUACUGACAAUGACACAGAUGGACAGUUGUUAGUACAAAACCAUUCUAAAUUUGUCGAUUUCCUGCCAGAAUUUUCUAAUUAUAUCAUUAACUCAGGUUCAAAAAAAUUUUUUUCGGGCAGGACUUCGGCAAAAUCCAUUCCCACGGUUAUACAAUUCCGUAAACUACCUCAAUGCAAAAAAAAA